GUGUGUGAACCGCAGAGCUCAGAGAAGAAUGAGAGCUGAAUUAGGACAGUUUCAUGUUGAAUUGACAGCAACAAGCAGAUAAGAAUCCAUCAACAAAAAUAUCUGAAAGAUGCUGAAGUGCUCCUGCGGAGUGUGGCACCAAUAAACAAAGGUCAUCUAGAAGCCUGAAAAAUUAUGCACUGAACUGUUGAGUUGUUCCUGCUUUGCAAUCAUGAACAUUGUUCAUUGUAUGUUGACUUUUUAUAGGCUACUGGAAUUCUUCCCAGCGUGUGCGUGAACUUCAGAAAAGUUUCAUUAUACAUUAACAGCUAUAGAGAUUGGAGGGCAGUAUAAGCUACCGUGCUGCAUUUACGACUGCUGACGGUAUAAUAAGAAACAGACUCAGGAGAUAGGAGGAGCGAUAAGAGGAGCAGAUGUUAAAGACACAAUCGGACAGAAGAGUACAGAUUACUGGAGUAAGAACUGGGAGAUUCAAACACAAACAAGAGAUUGGCAAUGAGCAACCUGGGAAAAGUUGACUCCUGCAGCUGUUGAAAGAACCAGGACUACAAAAAGCUUUAAGAAAAGCCAAGAAGUAGAAUUUUGCAGCUCUGUUAAGAGGGCAGAAAGUUUAGGGAGAGCGUUAAAAGAUCUAGAGAUGUUCCCCAAGGUUAUCUCAGCUCUUUGCUUCUCACUCUGGGUCAAUUCCUGUGUCGUCAGCUCAGCUGAGGACUUAUUCAUGACCAGAGCUUUGAAGCUGAUGUCCGAGACUCCUCUCAUCGAUGGACAUAACGACCUGCCUUGGCAACUUCGAAUUCAGUUCAACAAUGAGCUCAACAAGGUGGAUCUAAACACACUGACCACAACACACACCAACAUCCCGAAGAUCAAGAUGGGACGUCUGGGAGCGCAGUUCUGGUCGGCCUAUGUCCCCUGUGAGACUCAGUACAAAGAUGCAGUCAGACAAACCCUGGAGCAGAUUGAUGUGGUUCACAGGAUGUGUCAAAAAUACCCAGAGACUUUCAUGUUUGCAACCAGUAGUGACGACAUAAUGAAGGCCUUUAACUCGAGCAAGACCGCCAGCCUGAUCGGAGUGGAAGGGGGUCACUCCCUCGACAGUAGUCUUGGCACCCUGCGCACCAUGUACCACCUGGGGGUCCGCUACCUCACACUCACACACUCCUGCAACACACCAUGGGCAGAUAACUGGCUUGUCGACACUGGAUCAGAGCCGUCUGAGCACAAUGGUCUGUCUCCUUUUGGAAAGCAACUGGUUAUGGAAAUGAACCGUCUGGGGAUGCUGAUCGACCUGGCUCAUGUGACUGUAGCAGUGAUGAACCAGGUGCUGGACAUGUCUGCAGCUCCGGUCAUCUUCAGCCACUCCUCCGCCUACAGCGUCUGUAAGCACAAGAGGAACGUUCCUGAUGAUGUUCUCAAGAGAGUGAGGGUUAAAGAAGGAAUCGUCAUGAUCAACUUCUACAACGACUAUGUGACCUGCAGCAAGACCGCCAAGCUCUCAGACGUUGCUGAUCACUUUGACCAUAUUAAGAAUGUAGGCGGGGCAGGCAUCAUUGGAUUUGGCGGAGAUUAUGACGGGGUUACAAGACUACCAGAGGGUCUUGAGGACGUGUCCAAGGUGCCCAACCUGGUGGCUGAGCUGCUGAGGAGAAACUGGACUGACACAGAAGUGAAAGGUGCUCUGGGAGACAACCUGCUCCGUGUCCUGAAAAAGACUGAGGAGGUACGUGAUGCUCAGAGAAGCAAGAAGCCAGAUGAUGUUCCCAUCCCGUACAACGAGGUGGAGAACACAUGCAGGACAAGCUACGGAUACCAGAUCUCAGGAGCUGCCCGUCCGUUCAGCACGCUGCCCCUCGUGCUCGCACUGGUCCUCCAAGCUCUGAUCACGCUCACAGCUUAAUGUGUUUGAUAUUGAUCUCACUGAUAUGUAUGUUUGUAAGUAGAGAGAUUGUCCAGGAAUGCAAACAAAAUCUGAAAUACCAAUAGUCUUCACUGCUGUCGAAAGCCUGUUUUAAUGCUCUUCCAGGUUGAUGAUGGCAUUGUAAUAACAAUCACACAGACAGCAGAACAAUGAUCAUCAGGUUGGACCAAGUCGAGUUUAUUGAAUCAUCUGUUUUUUUUUAUCUCCCCAUAAAACUAAAAGAAAAAAAGCUGCACAAGUUUGAAUGUAAUGAUGUAAUAACAAACACAAAUGUUACCUGAAUGCACACAAACAAAAACACUCUGACAUCAAUGUACUGAAUUUUCACAGAAAACAGUCUAGUACAUGUUUUAUAAGAGAACAGCGCCAUCUAGUGUUCAGAGAAGGCAAAGAGAUGUAAAACAUUUCUGAGGCUCUUUCAGCUCCACUUUGAUUUGCAUGUUUUUGAAUUCACAGAUCAGAUUCUCCUCAUUGGGAAAGGAGAUGUAAAUUCAGUAAGAGUUUCAACACAUAAAAAUAUAACAUAAUUGUAAUGUUUGACUGACUGUAAGACCUUCACUUAAUACAAAAGCAUCUGUUUGCCCGCUCAAGGUACACUUAUAAACUGACUGCAAUAAAAGGACACAACAGCAGCUGCUGAAGGCAGAUCACUUUGUUUUUCUCGGA